CGUGCGUGUGACGUCAGGGCGUCAGCUGGUUUAUGUUUACAUCGCAUGAAUUUUUUCGCAGUCAAGUUAGACGUUAUUGUGCCCGCAUCCAUAUACGAGACAUACGCGUUAAUGUAAUCGAUGGACAUUGUCGGUUUGCACGAGACAACCGCUGAGGCCCGAAUUCACACGACAGUGACAGGCACACCUCAGGACUGUCUUUAGAAGCUCUUCUGCUUUCAUCAUGGGUGGAGCCGUGAGCGCGGGUGAGGACAACGAUGAGCUGAUUGACAACCUGAAGGAGGCCCAUUACAUCCGCUCAGAACUGGUGGAGAGGGCCUUCAGAGCCAUUGACAGAGCAGACUAUUAUCUGGAGGAGUACCGUGACAGCGCGUAUAAAGACCUGGCCUGGAGGCAUGGAAACCUCCAUCUGUCUGCUCCAUGCAUCUACUCGGAGGUGAUGGAGGCCUUGGACCUGCAGCCUGGCCUGUCUUUUCUCAAUCUGGGCAGUGGGACAGGUUAUCUUAGCACCAUGGUGGGCCUUAUACUGGGUCCAUUUGGUGUGAAUCACGGUGUGGAACUGCAUGCGGAUGUGGUCGAUUAUGCGAAUCAGAAACUUGACUACUUUAUCAAAACCAGCGACAGCUUUGACAAGUUUGAGUUCUGUGAGCCGACCUUUGUGGUGGGAAACUGCCUGGAGAUCCCUCCGGAGAGCCAGCAGUAUGACAGGGUGUACUGUGGAGCAGGAGUUCAGAAAGAGUAUGAGAACUACAUGAAGAACCUGCUAAAGGUUGGCGGGAUCUUAGUUCUCCCCCUGGAGGAGAAGUUGACCAAGAUCACCCGCACAGGUCAGAGCUCCUGGGAGACCAAGAAAAUCAUCGCUGUGACCUUUGCCCCGCUUGUCCAGCCCAAGCAGAAUGUCAAUGGCAGACCUAGGAGUGUUCCUUUACCCAUUUUUGAGGUGCGGACAUUGCAGGACCUGUCCCGGAUUGCUAUUCGCCACACUCUGCGGCAGCCCAUAGCUCUGGGGGAAGGACGCACAAAGAGACGGGUGUCUUUCCCAGGGGCCCGGGCCAUGCACCGCUACGGGCCCCGCUUCGAACGCCGCCGCUUCUGCCGCCGUUUCUACCGCCAGUGCGUCAACUCCGUCGUUCUCCACGACUCCAUGAUUCCCACAGCCAUGGACGAUUGCAACUACCCCGGAGGAGUGGAAGAGGAAGAAGAGGAAGUGGAGGAGGAAGAGGAAAUCGGUUGCCGCAGAGUGAGAGAAGACCUGCCUGAGGAGGAUGAGGAAGGAUGCGGCGGCACCGAAGAGGAGAAAAGCGAAAGCGGCUGCGCUCGUGCAGAGCCUCCCGUUAAUAUUCUGAGGGAGAAGAUUCUAAGACUCCCGUUACCUGAACCCCUGAAGAUGUAUCUGCUGUAUUACAGGGAGAAAUGAGACGUGGCGAGAGAUAAUAGCGCUACGACGAUUAGACGUGAAGAAAAGCCUUUCACUUCUUUCUCCUCCUCUUAGCUGGAUUAGCAUGACAAUUAAGUCCCCAAUUAAUGACAUCAUGAUAUCCAUAUCCCUUUGAGAAGCAAAGCUCCUUGAUUUACGAUGUACAGAGAUGGAACUGAAGGAAUGAGCUCAUGCAGCUCUUUUUUAAUUCAGUUUUCCCCUUGAUUGAGAUGAUCAAACGUGUCCGAUACGAUACAUUGUUCCUGUGGGAAUUGCUUGUAGCUGUGAGCUCUUUUAGAGUAGCAUCACUUUGGGAUGUGGCAUAGUUUGACAUGGUGGAUUGAAUAUGUUUUUAUAGCUUAUAGGUGCGGCCACAUUUACCCUAUCUUGGUGAAAUCCAGUCAUUUCAAUAGGAAUCUGCACGACUGGGAGUUUCGCGCAAGGAUGGAAAAGUUCCUCACGCAGAUUUCGCUCAUGUUCACGUUGGUCAAGCGAAUUCCUCACAACUAAAUGGAAGCUGCUUGGUUUGAACGUGACUUCUGUGUGUGAGGUGCUUCACGCAAUUGAAAAUUCGUGCGAGUACGAAAAAGUUCCUCACGCAGAGUUCGUGUCAAAGUUGGUAAUGCAAAUUUGCCGCGUUGCCCAACAGAAAGCUGCUUGGUUUGAAAGUGAUUUCUGUGUAAGCGGUGUUUCAUGCAUUGCUACUCUAUUGACAUUGGUCUUUCUUUGCCUGUGAAAUUUUGCUAAUGUGACCACACCUUUACACGAGACCCUAAAGUUGGUCCUCCACUGUUGAACUCUUUUCCUUGCCUCUACGGUGUUCUCCAAAAUACUGAAUAACGUCUGCAUGUGUACUGCCGUAGCACACCCACAUUUUGACAGUAUUUGAGUUUGUGGUGGUAUGACACAUUUUACAUCAUGUAAAUUCGAUUGCCGUUGUUGAUAGCGUUACAUUUGAUGCGGCAACUUUAUUCCAUGCUCGAAUUAAGGUAGACAUAAUUUCUGCACCCAGUUACUAUAGAAACUUCAUCCAUCAGAAUUAUACAAACAGUGAUUUACAAUGUUCAUUGUCAUAUCGCAAGCUUUACAAAUAAUAUUGUAAAGACUGGGUGAAAAUAAAGAGAAACAUUUUUAGUAAAAUUCUAUUUAUUGGUAAUUGCCAAAAAUUCAAGGUAUAUGCAGCACUUGGGUAUUUUUUCAUUAAUUCCAGUCGUUGUGCUCGGAAUCUUUAGCCCUACUCAGGAAUACUUUCGGAAACAUUUUAUUUCAUGUAAUUUUUUUUUUUUAACUCAAGAACAAAAAGACCAAAAUGUUAGGACCUUUCUGUUUUUUGACCAAAAAUAUUGAAAAUGAUCUGGUUUUUGUAUAUCACAGUGUGGUAGUAAAACGAUCUCUGUACAGGAAGACUAUUCCGAGCGUUCAGUGGUUGGCUCUGGCAAUUCUGUGAUCCCAAGUUUGAUUUCUACACAUUUCAUCAGUGCAGGAGCUUUUCUCUUUAAUUCUCCUUGAUGAGACCAAUGCUUAGGUAGCCCAUAAAAUCCAGGAUAUUAGAAGAAAAGUCUUUACUCAUCUAACAUACAAGCAUAUCUACCAGGUUUAGCUUGAAACAACUGUGUGCUUAGGUGACAUAACCUUCAAUAAAGUUUGAAUUUGCACACUGGA